AGAAAAAAAAAAGGUGAAACCUUUGUGUUUCUUUUCUUGCAGAGAAUCCAAAUUUUGUUCUUGCAUCCUCUGUUACUUACAUCUAUCGUCAUGGGCAAAUCAAUUUCCUUUGAAAAAAAUUAUUCUUUCUGCAUUGUUGUAGUUUCUUUGGUGGGAAUCUUUGUGAUGGGAGAUCAUUUGGUAUUGGAGGUUGACCGGUUAGAUGCCGGUUUAGGGACACUAAACCGGUCAAAAGAACCGUCUCUGGCGCGGGUUAACGAAGACAGGUCAACUGAAUCCGUGUUCGGCAGAGCAGGUUCUUAUCAGAACAGAUUAGUCCAGUGUCGGAUUUGUCACGAUGAAGAUGAGGAUUCCAACAUGGAGACGCCUUGUUCUUGUUCCGGAAGCUUGAAGUUUGCCCAUCGGAAAUGCAUCCAGAGAUGGUGCAACGAAAAGGGCGAUACAGUCUGCGAGAUUUGUCUUCAGCAAUUCAAACACGGUUACACAGCUCCUCGAAAGCCCUUCUUUCAUUAUGCUGGAAUCUCCACCAAUUUCGGGGAAGGUUGGGGAAUGGAGGGACUGAACCUUCAUAAUUCUAACUUUAUUCCUUGGUCUGCAUUUGAUCAUGAUUUUCUAAAUCCCGAUGAUGAUGAACUCUACUCAGUUCAUAGCCCUCACAGCAUCAUUUGCUGCCGCGUAAUUGCCCUACUCUUUAUCCUUCUGCUUUUCUUGCGUCACUUCUUACCCGUUAUCCUAACCGGAACUGAUGAUUUCUCGCUAACCGUAUUCACUUUGCUGAUACUGAGAACCGUAGGAAUCUUUCUGCUGGCGUAUCUCUUCGUCAAGGCGUUCACUUUCCUUUGCUGUCACCGAAACCGAAGGGAUCUUGGAUUCUCUGGCUUUACUUCAGAGGAAGAAACCGAACCGUCUCAGAUGUCUGUGCCAGAACUACGUGCUGUCCCUGUAAACUGAAAACGCCGAGAUUUGGACCAAUAUUUCUAAACUAAUACAAAUGUAAACUAAUACAGAAACAGAAGGGGAGAUGAAUGUUACAACCUCUAGUGAUAUGGAAGUUUCACGUCUUCGCAGAAACAGAACAAAACUCUGAACUGAGUAACAGCUAACUGUCUUUGCUUGGUGUUGUGUCCUGAAGAAUAACAUAGUGUGCCAUUGGAAUCCGAUAUUGCGAUCCUUAAUGUAUGUGUAAGCACUGAUAUUGUAAUGGUUGUUGCAUUUAUAUAUAAUUUCACAAUAUGUAAUUUUAUGAUUAUUUCCAGUUUAUCAGAUUAAUACGCAAUA